AUGGAAAGUGAAAGUUCUGAUGAUUUUUUUGAAGAUAGUGGUAGUGACUGGACCCCGUUAAAUGAGAUUGAAUAUGAUUCAAUAUUAGCUUUUAAUAGCGAUGAAGAAAAUGUACCACCAAUUGAAAAAAAUCAUGAAUCGGAUUUACCUGAUGUUAAUAUUAUUCCAGCCACUUCUUCAUCUUCAGAUUUGGAAGAAGUUAACACACCGACUAGAAAACGUAAGCGUUUGACCAAAAAAUGGAAGAAAAAUGUCAUGCGUAAAAAUAAAAAUUCAGGAUUACAGUACGAAAAUUCUAAAAAUCAACUUAUUGAUGCUAAAUCUAUGCGAGGCCCAUGUAGUACGAAUUGCAGAAUUAAAUGUACGAGUAAAAUAAAUGAAGAGCAAAGAAAAUGUAUUUUCGAAGAUUUUUGGAAUCUAGCAGAUUUAUCAAAACAGCGUGACUUUGUAAGUAGGCAUAUAGACGAAAUUAAUCCAAAACAUCGAUAUGCGAUAGCAGGUAGUUCAAGAUCAUUGAACUAUGGUUUUUUUUUUAAUAUUAAUUCCACACGAGUGAAAGUAUGUAAAACUUUUUUUUUGAAUACGUUAAGUAUUUCAGAUAGAAUGAUACGAACUGUUAAAGAAAAAAUGAAAAAUGGUUUUCUAGACGAUGAUUUUAGAGGCAAACAUAAGAAACAUAAAUCACUUGAUUCAAAUAUCAAACAGUCGAUACAAAAACACAUAGAACUUUUUCCGACAAUUGAGUCACAUUAUCUCAGAAAGCAGACUACAAGAACUUAUAUUGCUGGAAAUUUAAAUGUAGCAAAAAUGUACAGAAUGUACGUCGAAUAUUGUAAAGAACAAGGUAUGCAAAAAUGGUCUAAUCUCGCUAUGUAUCAACAUAUUUUUAAUUAUAAUUACAAUAUUGGUUUUUUUGUACCAAAAAAAGAUCUAUGUAAUACUUGUGAAUCAUACAAAAACACAGAAAAUAAAAUUGACGAAAUAGAAUUAUUGCAAAAUCUUCAUCUUUCUGAAAAAAAUGCUGUUCGUUUGGAAAAAGAAGAUGAUAAACAAAAAGCAAUCAAUGGUUUUCAGUUUACCGCUUGUUUUGAUUUACAAGCUAUAUUGAUUGCACCUGACGGUGAAGUAUCAAGCUUUUAUUACAAAAGACGAUUAGCAACAUACAACUUUACAGUUUAUAAUAUGAAGAACGGAGAAGGAACGUGUUACGUCUGGAAUGAAACAAUAGCAAACCGGGGUGCAAAUGAAAUUGGUACUUGUUUAUUGGAUUUUAUACGUAGUGAAUUUAAUGGUACUGAAAAUAAUUUAGCAGAUAUAAUAUUUUAUUCUGACAACUGUUCAGGACAAAAUAAAAAUAAAUUUAUUGCAUGUUUAUAUUUAUACGCAUCAUUAGUAUUAAAUAUCAAUACAAUUCGUCACAAGUUUCUAAUCGUGGGCCACACACAAAAUGAAGGAGACUCUAUGCAUUCAGUAAUAGAACGUCAAAAAAAAUUGGUACUCCGAAGUGGCCCGAUCUAUGUACCGUCUCAAUGGGUAGCAGUCAUUAAGUCAGCAAAACAAAAAGGAAAACCAUACACCGUAAAAGAAAUGUCUACUGAAGAUUUUUUCGAUUUUAAAAAUUUAAGCAAAGAUAUCGGUACAAAUUUUAACAUGGAUGUAAAUGGUAAAAAAGUUGUGUGGAAUGACAUCAAAGAAAUUCGUGUCGACAAAGCAAAUCCAUACACAUUGAAACUAAGAACAUCAUUUAACAAUACGGAUUACCAAAUAAUCAAGGUUAGAAGAGAAACACGAAAUAGCAAUUUCAACAGUUUGGUACUCAAAAGAGCUUACAACUGUCCACCUGAAAUAAGUGCAGCGAAAAAAUCUGAUUUGCUAGACUUGUGCGAACAGCAAAGCGACAUAAACGCACGCAUAGGACAGUCGGCGUUUUUACCCUGUGAACUGGAACCCAACAACGUGACCACCGGAUUCGAGAUGACCACUCAGUGUGGGACAGUUCACUCAGUGAAAUGGUACCGAGGAGCUAGCAGGAUAUUCCUGUAUUCCGGUGGGCCUCGCACGACACAGCCUCACCGAGAAGGGUACACCGACCGGUAUGACAGAUCGUAUUGGAGUACGGAACCAAAUUCAACUUUGGGAUUUUUAGUAAUGGACAAUAUAACAGCACUCGACGAGGGUGUAUAUAAAUGUGAGAUCACGUAUACUAAAGUACACGAAGGUUGCAACAUCGUACAGUUUAUAAACCUAACAACUUACACUGACCCUGAAUCAAUCAGUGUUGGUACAUUUGCUCAACCCGGUGAUCUUUCAGCGCAUAACUACAUCGAUCCUUCAUCAGAUUUUUACGACGACAAAAAUAGUGAUCCAAAAUUUGGUAUUAUGAAAAAAUUAACAUCUGGAGCAAUCGUGGGUCCAGUGGAUGAAGGAAAUAAAAUACGUCUAGUAUGCCGUGCAGGCCGUGCCAGGCCUAUACCCCAAGUCACUUGGUGGCAACAUAGUCGUGGUCCAAUUUAUGAUACUGAUUUGGUUGAUUAUCAAUACCGAAAAGUGGAUUCCGAUAUGUCCGAUGACGUCUUCUCGUACUCAGGAUUAUGGGUUGCACAAAGCAUUCUUACCGUUAUCGGGAAGAGAGGUGCAAACGGUAGAUAUGAAUGUCGAGUAAAAACGGCGACUGAUUCGUCACCAAUUCUAACAUCCAAUGUCGAAGUCACUGUAAAUGUAAGUCCAUACUCAGUUGAAAUGUCCACGUCAUCAUCAGGUGCUCCAGUAACUAAGGUUUCUAAAGUCGACGAUCGUUAUAAACCUCAAAAUAGUGAACAUGAUAGAAAUUCCGGAGCAGUAGUUUACGCCGAAACUACAGAAGGCCAACCGUUAGUAAUUCGGUGCGCGGCCCGUGGAGCCCGUCCUCAAGCGAACGUGACAUGGUAUUAUUAUUAUAAGGAUCAAGAAAAUGACGACGACAACGAUUACGGAAGUGGAAUAAGAAAUGAACAAAAUGUUCAUGCACCUCCCGUUCAAUCGUCGAAGCACGGUGCACCCGUUAUGUUAGGCAACAGUCAGCAAAACGGGGGUUCUACAGCUAGGUCUCCCAGUGAUUAUUUGAUUUCGGAACAGCGGCGUAUGGAAGGUGGAGCAGAAAUUAUAGGCCCCGUAGAAAUAGCACAGCAUACUGAAUAUCAAGCUGAUGGCACCCGAGAUACACACAGCCAAUUAUCAAUGUCACAACUUCAUCGCCAACAAGACGGUUCUAUUCUGCGGUGUGACGCAUUCAACAAUGUCGGUUCAUCGCCAAAUCAACCCCUCACUGUAAACAUGACAAUCCGAGUUAAAUAUAUACCAACUGCCUGGGUAGUGCCCAUUACUGACGGAGAAAAUUCUGGUGCGAUUGUAGAGGAUGAAAUAAAAAAUGAAAUAGGUCAACAGCGUAAGGGAGGAGUCGAUGGUAGCAAUAAUGCCAACCCAAUCGUAACAGACGCUUCUAAAGAUACAUACGAUGGAUUGCAUUAUCAAUCAAUUUUAUAUACAGUGGUGGUAAACGAAACUAAAGAAUUGAGACUAAAUUGCGCAUAUCACGCCAAUCCAGAUAAACUCCGAACACCUGUCAAAUGGUAUCGAGAUGGCAUUGAGUUACAACUAAUUGACGAAGAAGAAAUUUCUUCAUCAAAUCACGGAUCAUCAGCAUCGUCUUAUGCAGCAGUAACACCAGCUACUGGUACUGGUACGCUAUCAGGAUCGUCAAACGGUGCUAAUACUAGAUUCAACACGAAUCCUAAUGGAAAUCCGGCAAAAUAUGCUCGAGUUAAAGGAUUGGCAAAUGGAAAUGGAGGCAUUCAUGGAGAUGGAAAUGGUGAAGACGCAACGGUAUUAGUGGUUAGGAGGUUAACACGUUAUGACUCGGGCCGUUAUGAAUGCCGGGUAAGAAAUUCAGUCGGGGCAGCCAAUUCUACAAAUUUUGCAAACGUUCGUGUUCAGUAUACACCUAAGGUAAAAUUGCACGUUAUCCUAGACGAUUCACUCGAUGAAAAUCAAACUUCAACAACAGCGAGUAGCAGUAUCAACAAUAAUAUGGUUGGAUCAAAUCCAGUUGUAUUAGAAUCGGAACAUCGCAACGUUACACUUCGAUGUGCCGUACAAUUAGAACAGGAUCAGCAAAACAUCGAAGACACCAACAACGACCCGUCUUUGAACUUAACAUCUGUUCAUUGGUAUUGGAAUGGCGUACAAAUGCAGUUGCCCAACUGCACUAGAUCACCGGAUAGUAGUGAUAUUUUUGUAGAUGAAGAUGACGGAGACAACGAAUUUGAUACUGAAAAUAAUGAGAAUGAGAAUAAUGCCAUGAGUUUGAACUAUGACACCAGUGAACCACAAAGAGAAGGAGAAUAUGAUACAUAUGCUGUUGAUAAUGACACAAGAAGACGCAAUAAAAAACAAAGAAAAGUGGUGUGCACCGAUAGAGAACUUAUUUUAGUUAAUGUGACGAAAAAUAUUCACGGAAAUUAUUCAUGCCGAGCAAGAAACGCCGCUGGUCUCCUUACUCCGAUGUCUGAUCAGACACCUCUCAUCGUAUAUUUUGCUCCGGGACCGGUGACAUUGGAGUUCAGUCCACGACGAGUCAUAAAAGGAAGAAACGUUACCUUGCGAUGCAAUGCUCAAUUUCUUGGUCGGCCACAACAUCCUACUCGUUACUCAUGGUUUCGCGAUGGACAUCCAUUUUACCAUCAAAACCAAGGACUAAUAAAUCCUAACAUAAAUUCUGGAACUGGAAUUAAUCUUGGCACCAACGGAAAUACUGGUGGAGGGAAUUUCAACCCUGAUUGGUUCGUCGAUCAUGUUUCACUGGAAACCCGGGCUAAUUUCACCUGUUCUGCUUACAACGAAGGCGGGGUCACAUAUUCCGAGCCUGUAUACAUCGAGGUUUUUGCUCCGCCAAAUUACAUUACUGGACCUCCGCAAUACUUAGGAGUAGCUUAUAAUGCAACACAUGUGAAUGCAUCGUGCACAGUUGAAUGUUAUCCUCAUUGUUCCGUGAACUGGUUACGCCGUGGUGUCCUCAUUGAUCCAAUGAACAACUUAAUGGACAAAGAAAGAUAUUCAAUACUGACAGAAUAUUUGCCCGCGGAACGGUUGAAAAACGAUUUCGAAGCAGUGCGUAGCACGUUGAUAUGGCGCAUGGACAAUUGGCCAGGUGGUCGUGGUUUGGAUCCUAUAACAGACUCGACAGAAUACAGUUGCCGGAGCAGUGGUAAUGAAGUGGGGCCGCCAGUGUCAGAAUCUAUAAUGAAUUUCUCUGUUGAGUAUCCUCCUGGAAACAUGACCGUCUCCAAAACGGUUGUGCACGUCAGUGAAGGUAACAUACCGGAAAAAGUGUUUUGCCACGCCGAAGGUCGCCCCCAGCCCACUUUCGAGUGGCGUUACAUUGCCAGCACCAACAACUGGAACGUGCCAGGAAACUCGUCUCAGUCGACCCAAUCGUCUUCUCAGCAAAGACUCUCAUCGAUCGCCAACGCUGGAAACAGUGGUAUCGGUGGAGGCUCUGGAAGCGGUGGUGGCCAAAUUAACAACCAACAGUUGGUUUUAAACUCAGCUGUGGGUAGGCAACAAGCUGGUUAUUAUGCCUGCGUUGCUCGCAACACACACGGAAACGAAACUGCGUACACUUAUCUGGACGUCAUGUAUAAGCCUACCUGUCAACUUAGGAUGAUAACCGUUGACCAAUUUAAACAAGAGUCAUCAGCUAGUUUGACUGAUCAAUCUUCCGAAUUAGAGGAAUUUUUGUCUUCAUCUUCUGGUGAAAAGAGAAUACUGGUGUGUACAGCUACUGCAAAUCCAGGCCAAGUACAAUACACAUGGACCAUAAGAAACUCGGGUCGUCAGAACGAUACGUCAACAUCUUUGACAUCUGACUCUCCUGCAACUGAGAGGAUUAUCACAGUAUCAAUUGGAUCAUCGGGCAACAGUGGAUCGAAUGAAGUGGAUAAUAUCGGAAGUUAUAACCGAAGCAUGCUAAUAUUACAAGAUAGACUGGAAGUGACUAACAACGAAGAUGAUGAAGGAAGAGGUAGCGACAAUAUACCUAACAAUGGAGCAUCAGAAGGCGUCAGGACAUAUGUGUGUACUGUAUACAACACUGUAGGAUCGGACCAGUGUAGCAUUCAAGUUCAAGGUGACGCUCCGUGGUGGAAACAGUUGUUGGCGACCAUAGGUUUGGGUGGGUUGCCAGUGAUGGUCGUCUUAGUGGCCUUGGUUGUGAUUUUGCUACUUAUUGUCAUCAUCGUCAUUGUAAUCCUGUUGCUGUUCGUUUGUAAGAACCGUUACAUUAAACCAGGGAACGGAGUGUCGGGAGGACGUCAGAAAUAUGUUAAACAAAAAUACCCUUCACUGACGGCGUAUAGGGUACCAGUCGUUUGGCGCCGGCACCGAGGCCGUGGCUUGCUAUUAAACAUAUCGAAAGUGCGACAAAAUCCCGAAGGCAGUGCCACGUCGACGAUUUCCGGUGCCAACCCCUCGACUACCCAGCAUUGCUCAGAUCAGUCGGCGGCGAAUGUCCCGGGCAACCCUAAGCCCCCGCCCGGAUACGGUGACGAUCACUCAGAAUCAUUUUCCAGCCAGCGGACCGCAUCCGCCGCGAGCGUCGGCAAGUGGCCGCUCAAGCCGGGUGUCUUGGUGCAUUCGAAACAGCAGCUGCACAAGUCACAGUCGGCUACUCACUCCCAAUCGGUGACGGGUGACACCGCGGACAGUUGGCCGGCUGACAAGACCGUUUCCGAUGAAAGCGACAAACACAAGUCGAAAAAAAACCACACCGGUAAAGGAAAACCGGCGGCCGAGUGCAUUAUGUUGGCCAACGAGACUCAGUCAGCGCGCGCGGCUCGUAUACGUCGCAUGAUGAUCGGAUCUAAUAAUAAUUUGGUGCCAAAAAAACCAUCACCCACGUCACCUCCUCCCGCGCCUCCUGUCCGGCAGAGUUCGGAUAACGGCGCGUCCGGCGCGAACAGAUGUCCUUCCGUAACAGGUAGCAAAACGACCACGUAA